UCAAAUCCUUCAAUUAUCUCCAUCAUUCCAGAUCGAUUAUUAAGUAUUGAUUAACACCACAAAUGCUUGUUUAUAGUUCCCACGCAUAACAAAGUCUGAAUUGGAGCAGUACUACCUGUUGCUAAGUGUUUGGCAUAAGGAUCUUCUCGCACAAAACGCAUCUAUUGGAGAGGCAUCGAUAAGCCUCCGUGACUACGAUUGGGACUCACCUUGCCCUUUGUGGUAUCAACUGGAAGGGAAGACGGUCGCCCCCUCCCCCCAAAGCUCGAAAAAUUUCCAGGAAAUUCCUCCGGAUCCAUGUCCAUGGAAACCAGCGAAAGCGAGCGUGCACAUUCGCCUGACGUUCUCGCUUUGGGAUCGCGAACGACGGAUCGGCCCGCUGUCCCUGCUUCUACGAGACGUACGAUUUUCCGAAAUGCCUCCACAAAUUCUAGCACAUCGUCACGCAACUCUCGUGGCGUCCGCGUAA